UUAAUUUUGUUUAAACAAAUCUUAGAGAGUUUGACCUAGUUCAACUAUGUCCUAAGUCAACUCUUUAAUAAAGAAAAGCUUUCUUGUUGAUUCAACUGAAGGCCAUGACGCAAAAUAGCAGCGGCAGGAAGAGACCUAAUAUACUUAUCACCGGAACUCCGGGCACAGGGAAGACAACUACGGCGGCUGCUCUGGCGGAGGUGACAGCGCUCCGCCAUAUCAACGUCGGCGAUUUCGCUAAUGAGGAAAACUUGACGAACGGCUGGGAUGACACCUUCGAUUGCUACUACAUCAAUGAAGACCUCGUAUGUGAUGCUCUUGAAAAAUUGAUGGAAGAAGGUGGAAACAUCGUUGAUCAUCACGCCUGUGACUUCUUUCCUGAAUGUUGCUUUGAUUGUGUGGUGGUACUUCAAACUGACAGUUCUGUCUUGCAUGAACGGUUCACUAAGAGACUGUUUGACUGUCCCAGAGGUUACUCCGAUCAUAAGCUUGCUACUAACACUGAAUGUCAAAUCUUUCAAGCUUUGUUGGACGAGGUAAAAGAGAACUAUCCAGACGAUAUUUUGGUCAUACUUAGAAGUGAUUUCCUAGAAGAUAUUACCAAAAAUGUGGAGACGCUGACCAGUUGGAUUAGUAAUUUGAGCCCUGCCGUAUGACUAAAGUAUCAAAACAGAUGUAUUAUAGCAUAUUAAGGCUAUAGAAAAGGUCAAAAUCACUUUUAUGUGUAUACAAUAUAUGCUAGGCUAUGCGUCACUAAGCUUAAACAAGAACAUUUCACGGGUGAACGCAUGCUUGACUAAUACUUUUGUGAGACUACCAGCUCAUAGAUCUGCUGCAUG